GUCGCUGACAGCUCGGCCGCGGCGAGCUUCUCCUCUCCUAAGGCGGCAGGAUUCCUGAGUAUAUUCGGAAACAGAACUGUUUCAGCCACACCGAAGCAGUCUGUCUUCUCAGAGACACAACUCCAGCUCAGCGGAGCCACGACAGAUAUAAGCCGUCAUGGUGAAAAGCCACAUAGGCAGCUGGCUCCUGGUUCUCUUUGUGGCCACAUGGAGUGACAUUGGCUUCUGCAAGAAACGGCCGAAGCCUGGAGGAGGCUGGAACACCGGGGGGAGCCGAUACCCAGGGCAGGGCAGUCCUGGAGGCAACCGCUACCCACCCCAGGGUGGUGGCGGCUGGGGUCAGCCCCACGGGGGCGGCUGGGGCCAGCCCCACGGGGGUGGUUGGGGUCAGCCCCAUGGGGGCGGCUGGGGACAGCCGCAUGGUGGCGGUGGCUGGGGUCAAGGUGGUGGCAGCCACGGUCAGUGGGGCAAGCCCAGUAAGCCCAAAACCAACAUGAAGCAUGUGGCGGGAGCCGCAGCAGCUGGGGCGGUCGUGGGGGGCCUGGGCGGCUACAUGCUGGGGAGCGCCAUGAGCAGGCCCCUCAUUCAUUUUGGCAACGACUAUGAGGACCGCUACUACCGUGAGAACAUGUACCGCUACCCCAACCAAGUGUACUACAAACCGGUGGAUCAGUACAGCAACCAGAACAACUUCGUGCACGACUGCGUCAACAUCACAGUCAAGCAGCACACGGUGACCACCACCACCAAGGGCGAGAACUUCACGGAGACCGACAUGAAGAUCAUGGAGCGCGUGGUGGAGCAGAUGUGUGUCACCCAGUACCAGCGAGAGUCCGAGGCUUACUACCAGAGGGGGGCGAGCGCCAUCCUCUUCUCGCCCCCUCCCGUGAUCCUCCUCAUCUCGCUGCUCGUUCUCCUGAUAGUGGGAUGAGGACGGCCUUCCCGUUCUCUCCAUCGUCUUCAUCUUUUACAGGUUGGGGGAGGGGGUGUCUACCUACAGCCCUGUAGUGGUGGUGUCUCAUUCCUGCUUCUCUUUAUCACCCAUAGGCUAAUCCCCUUGGCCCUGAUGGCCCUGGGAAAUGUGGAGCAGACCCAGGAUGCUAUUUAUUCGAGCCCCCAUGUGUUGGAGUCCUUCAGGGGCCAAUGCUAGUGCAGGGUUGGGAAUAACAGCAAAUCAUCAUUGGUUGACCUGGGGCUGCUUUUUUUUU